UUUAGAGGAGCACUUGAGCAGCUUUGGAGGAAAGGACGGACCGAAGCCUUUUAUGUCUAACAGCUGACUGACUGCUGGCUGCCGUUUCUCAACUCCAGUGUAGAGGAAUCUCCGAGAGAAUACAAGACUUGUCAGGAUGAACUUGUCCUACUUGGUGGCUUGUGGACUUAUGGUCACCUUGCUUUCAGUGAGAAUUGGGGCGAAACCGUUAUCUCAGGCGCAGCAGAAGUCUCUUCGAAGUUUGUUGGGCGAGGAACUGGCGGAGUUUCUGGAGUCGGAGGAGAGGGAGAGGCGUCUGGAUGCUGUGCGCUCCCGGUUACGGUUACUGCGAGAUUUGCGCGUGGACACCCGCGCCAGAGGGAUGUGGGCUCGACUCCUCAACGACCAACCCGCGCCCAGGAGACACAAAUCUGGGAACAAGAAAGGGGGCUCCGCGUCGCGGAGUGGCUGCUUCGGACACAAGAUGGACAGGAUAGGGACCAUCAGCGGGAUGGGCUGCUAGGGCUGGAGGAGAGCACGGAUGACUUCUGGACGAUAGUUUUGGACGAGAAGUGGUUCAGUUUGCUCUCAACUGACGUGGGGAAAAAAAAUCAAAAGUCAAAGAAGAACUCAUCCAUGUGACAGAUUUUCGGUACGAAAGUCAAAGCGGGCAGUGGGAACAAAGACUGAGAUGACAAUACUACAAAACCCUCCUAUAAAUCAAUAUAAUAUUCAGCAUAUACAUACGGCAUAUACAUGUAUGUAUACCACACACAACAGUCCAGACGCAGGUGCAUAUGACGAGAUCGUGGGCAAAGGUGUAAAAACUACAAUCUGCAAAGCUGUACAUUUUUGCCGCUGCUGCUGUACAUUCAUGUACUUAAUCUUCCGCUGCAUAAAUGUAUUUAUGUUUAAAAAAAAACUAUUUAUAUGUUUAUAAAAAGAGAUAUUUAUAAAUAUGAGUUUUAUUUAUGUACCAUUUUGGAAAUGAACGCAAACUGCAGGUCAAUUCAUU